AUGUUUGAGAAACCAAUGACAGCGGUGGCACCCAAGACGGAGAAGACCUUCAAAGUGGAGGCACCACUGUUCUCGGGAGCGUCAGCAGAAGGUUCACUUGCGACGGGUCCUUCAGAUGUAGGGCUGGCAGCGGUUGGUGCGCUAGAUCCACUGGCGGGGGCGGGUGGAGAUGAGAGUUCCUCAUCGGGGGAAGAGGCAGGGGUGGUGGAAGUUGACGAAGAAGAUGGAGAGGUGGCGGGGGCUGUCUCGGAUGAGGAUGUGGAUGGAACUGGGGCGGCGCUGCUAGAUGCUUGUGGGGUGGCGGCGGUGGCGUUUGUUGUGUCGCUUUCCACUGGAGUUGGAGUUGCAGCAGUGGGAGUUGAAGUAGGUGAUGAUGAUGAUGAUGAUGGAGAAGUUUUCGGCGAUGCUGCCGGAGAGCUGGCAGGUGCCUCGGCGGAAACCAACCCAACAAUGGCUACAAAGAUGAGGGCAAACGCAACCAAUUGA